CCGGAGCUGCAGAGAGACGCAGCCUUCGGUGCAGUCGUCACUCGCGUCUGGCUACAGCUCCCCACUGCCCUGCGCUCGGCGGGCUGGCAUCAGGCCCUGGGAAAGCGGAACAGUAGUUCUGUGUGGCACUGUUUGUGGUGAAGAGAAAGGAAGAAGGAGAAGAGAAAACUGCACGGGAUCUAUGGAGGUCUUCCUGUAGGCCUGCAGUGGGGCUGUUCACCAAUGGAAGCAAGGAAAAGAGGAGACGACUGGCCUGGGACCAUGGAGAUCUCCCUGCGUGACUGCUACAAGGCUUGAGAUCACUGGAAGCAAAAAAACAAGGAAGAAAUCGUUCCUGAUCAGUAUAGACUGGUCCAAAGAUCUCCAAAGGUCCAAAGUUAUGUAUCUACUUUAGGAUUUAUCACCAAGCCAGAGAAAGAAAGAGGAGGGAACUGCCUCAGACCAUUACAGGUCUACCGCCAGUGGCAGCUGUAGUGGCCUUAGAGUAGCUGAAGACCAGCGCCCUCACAGAUCUACAUCAAGACCUACCACCCUAUUCCCCCAGCCCAAGUGAGCCCUACUGUACCUUGUUCUGGCCUUCAGCAGGGGUGAUUACAUGGGCCGCAUUCAGGAAGUGGGCUGGGUGACUGCAGGACUGAUGAUCUGGGCUGGUACCUGCUACUACAUUUACAGAUUAACGAAGGGAAGAGAUCAGAGUGUGAGGAGACUUGCCAGAAAUGGGUCCAGAGUCAAGACGGAGACUGUGGUUGGGGUACAGAAUCAGACCUUGGCCAUCAGUGAAGCCAUGGCUGGAUCAGAGAUUGAGACUAGACCCAAGGCCAAGACUGGAGUGGAAACGGGAGCAGGAGGUGGGCCUGGAGCUGAAGUAGAGGCCAUGGCCACUGCUAUAGUCAGGCCUAAAGCCAAUUCUCAGUCUAAGGAAAUGGCUGGGGCAGAGGCAGAGAUACAAUCUGAAGCCAAAGUUGUGGCUGGAACACUGGUCAUGACAGAGGCAGUGACUGUGAUUGAGGCUGAGGCUGGAGCCUGGGAAGUGGCCGUGAAAGAAGCAGUGACACAAACUGAUGUUGAGGCUGGGAGAGUAGUCAAGAAAGAGGCAGUGAAUCAGACCAAGGCAAAAUCUCAGGCACUGGAUGCCAAGGCAGAGGCCAAGAAAGAAGCAAUGACCCAGACCAAAGCUGAAGCUAAUAUAUUGGCUAAAAAAGAGACAGAGAUUAACAGUGUAAUGGUGACACAGAGUGAGACCUUGGCAGUGACCAGGGAAGUGGCCAAGAUGGAGGCCAUGAACAAGACUGGAAUUGUGGCUGAGACCAAGGCAAGAGCUCUGGAAGAGACUGUGAGUGUGGUUAAGACUCAGUCUGAGACCAGGCCUGAUGCCACAGUUGAUGCUAGGGGAAAUCCCAAUGGCAUGUCCAGGGAGGUAGCUGGAAUGGACAUGAAGUCCUGUGCACAGUCUCAGGCUGUGGCCAAGAUCCAGGGUGAUGACAUGCUUGGUGCUGGGGUUGAGGACAAGGGGAAUUACAAAUUCAUAUCUGUGGCAGGGUCUGGGGCAGACAUGAGGGCUUCUGCUCAGCUUCAAAUUGUUGCCAAGACCCAGGCUGAAGCCAUGCCUGUGGCAAGGGUUGAUGCUUGGGGUAAUGCCUAUGUCAUGGGUAAGGUGGGGGCAGGGACAGAUAUGACAGCUUAUAUACAACCUCAGACUGUAGCCAUGAAACAAGCUGAGGUGAUGUCUAAUGACAAGGCUGAUGGAAGGGAAAAUAUCAGUGUCAUAUCCAAGGCAAUGACUGGAGCUGAGUUGUGGGCUUCUGCUCAUCCUCAAGCUGUAGCCAGUGCUCAGGCUGAGGCCAUACCUGAUGCCAGGGCUAAGGGUAGACCCAAUCCAAAUGCCAUGGCUAAAGCAGGGGCCAAGGCAAACUUGAGGGCUAAUUCCCAGGCCGAGGCCUUGGCUGAUGCCAAGGAUAAGAGCAGAGGCAAUCACAAUGUCACUACUAAAGUGGAGGCUGGGACAGACAUAUUAUCUUAUACACUGCCUCAGCCUGUGGCCAGUGUCCAGGCUGAUAGCCGAAUUAAGGCAAAGAGCAUUGCCAAUAUCAUGUCUAAGGAAGGAGCUGGGUCAGAAACAAAGGCACAACCUCAGGUUAUGGCCCAGAGCCAGGUUGAAGCUUUAUCUAAUAUAAGAAGUAAGGCUAGGGGCAAAGCCAAAGCCAAGUGUAAGGGAGUGAUUGGAACAGACACAAACACCUGUGUACAACUUCAGGCUGGGGCCAAGACUGAGGACUUGCCUGAUUUCAUGGUUGAUGGUAGGGGUGAUCCUAAUGCCAUUUCUAAAGCAGGGGCUAAGGUAGACCAGAGGGCCUGUGGUCAGCCCCAGGUUGUGACCAAUUCCCAGGGUGAGGCCUUAUUUGGUAGCAAGAAUAGAGUCAAAGGCAAUCCAAAAGCUGUGCCUAAGGCAGAGGCUGGAGAAGGUACAACAGGCUCUGCUCAGCUCCAGGUUGUGGCUAAUUCCCAGGGUGAGCCCUUGCCUGGUACCAAGCAUAAGAUCAAGGGACAUCCUAAUACUGGGUCUAAGGCAGAGAUUGGGACAGAUACAACAAGCUCUGCCAAGCCCCAGGCUAUGGUUAGUUUCCAAGGUGAGGCCUUGCCUGGUGUCAAGAAUAAGGUCAAGUGCAAUUCCAGUGCUGUGUCUAAAGCAGGGGUUGGGGCAGAUACCACAGGGUCUGCUCAGCCCCAGACUGUGGCCAGUUCCCAAGGUGAGGCCUUAUCUGGUGCUAAGAACAAGGUCAGGGGCAAUCCCAAUGCUGUGUCCAAAGCAGAGGCUACCGCAGAUACAAUGGGUUCUUCCUAUCCCCAGGUUUUGGCCAAUUCCCCGGGUGAGCCCUUGCUUGGUGCCAAGAAUAAGGUCAAGGGCAAUCACAAUGCUGUGCCUAAUUUGGGGAAUAGGCCAAAUGCAGCAGACUCUGCUCAGCCCCAAGCUGUGACCAAUUUCCAGGGCGAGGCCUUGCCUGGUGCCAAGAAUAAGGUCAAGGGCCAUCCUUCUGCUAUGUCUAGGGCAGGGGCUGGGGCAGAUACAAUGGGUUCUUCCCAGCCCCAGGCUGUGACCAGUUCCCAGGGUGAGGACUUACCUGGUGCCAAAAAUAAGGUCAGGGGCAAUCGCAAUGCUGUGCCUAAGGCAGGGGCUGGGGCAGAUACAAUAAGCUCUGCCCAGCCCCAAGCUAUAUCCAUUUCCCAGGGUGAGGCCUUGCUUGGUGCCAAGAAUAAGGUCAAGGGUGGUUCCAAUGCUGUGUCUAAGGCAGAGGCUGGGGCAGGUAUAAUGGGAUCUGCCCAGCCCCAGGCUAUGGCUGUUUCCCAGGGUGAAGCCUUGCUUGGUGCCAAGAGUAAGGUCAGGGGCAGUCCCAGUUCUGUGUCUAAGGCAGAGACUGGUAUGAGUGCAAUGAGCUCUGCCAAGCCCCAGGCUGUGGCCACUUCCCAAUAUGAGGCCUUGCCUGGUGCCAAGAAUAAGGUCAAGGGUAAUCCCAAUGUUGUAUCUAAGGCAGGGGCUGGGGAAAAUGCUGUGGGUACAGCCCAGCCUCAAGCUAUGGGAAAGUCCCAUAAUGAGGUCUUGCUUGGUACUAGGAAUAAGGCCAAGGGCAAUUCCAAUGCUAUGUCUAAGGCAGAAGCUGGGGCAGGCACAACAGGCUCUGCCCAGCCCCAGGCUGUGGCCAUUUCUCAGGGUGAGGCCUUGCUUGGUACCAAGAACAAGGUCAGGGGCAGUCCCAAUGCUGUGAUUAAAUCAGAGGCUGGAGCAAACACAACCAGUUCUGCCCAACCCCAGGCUGUGACUAAUUCCCAGAGUGGGAUCUUGCUUGGUGCCAGGAAUAAGGUCAGGGGCAAUCCCAAAGCUGUGCCUAAAGCAGGGACUGGGGCAGGUAAAAGGGACUCUUCUCAGUCCCAGAUUGUGGCCAAUUCCCAGGGUGACACCUUGUCUGGGGCAAGGGUCAAGGCUAUGCCUAGUUCUAAGGCAGAAGCUAUAGUGGAUAAGGUCCAUGCAAAGCAUGAUGCUGAGACUGUGCCCACUUCUGAGAGUGAGGGUGGGUCAGGCACUCAGGCCUAUGGAAAGACUCAGCCUAACAUCCAUGACUACUACUGGAAUGGGAUUGGUGUUGAGGAUUGGAUUGCUGCUGAGCGGUGGAUUAAAUUUCGGUUUCAGGCCAUGGAUGGAGACUGGGAGAAUAGCAUGUCCUGGGCUGAUGAUGAGAAUGAAGCCAGUAUUGGAUCUUGGAGUGGGGCUAAUGAUAAGGCUGGUAUUGUUGGGUCCUGGGCUGUGGCUUGUGAUGAGGCCAGCGUUAAGUCCUGGGCUGGGGCUAGGGCUGAGAAUGAGGUUGGUAUUGGGUCCUGGGCUGGAGCUGGAGAUCAGGCUAGUGGAGGACUCUGGGCUGGGGGUCAGACUAGUGAGGGAUCUUGGGCUGGGGACAAAGCUAGUGGGAGUACCUGGGUAGUGGCUGAGGGCAAGGCCAUUGGAGGAUCCUGGACUGGGGCUGAGAACCAGGCCUGUGGUGGGUCUUGGGUUAUCUCUGGGCAUCAGGCCAUUGGAGAGCUCUGGUCUGGGGGUCAGGCCAGUGAUGGGUCUUGGCCUGGGGGCCAGGCCACUGUGGUAUCCUGGGCUGGGGAAGGGGCUAUUGGAGGAUCCUGGACUGGGGCUGAGAACCAGGCCAGUGGGGGAUCUUGGGCUGGGGCUGGGGCUGGGGCUGGGGCUGGGAAUAUGUGUAGUAUUGGGUACUGGGUUGGGGCUGUGGACCAGGCCAGUGGAUUGUCUUGGGUUGGGACUGGUGAUCAGUCUGGUAGUGGAUCCAAGCCUAGAUUUGAGGAUCAGGCAAGUGAAAAAGGGUCCUGGGCUGAGGCUGGUGGCCAGACCAGUGGAGGGUCCAGGUUGGGGCCUGAGGACCAGUCCAAUGGUGAGUCCUGGGCUGAUGUUGCAGACCAAGCCAGUGGAGGGUCAAGGCUGGGGCCUGUUGAUCAGUCCAGUGGUGGGUCCUGGGCUGGCACUGGAGACCCAGCCACAGGAAGGUCCUGGACUGAGACUGGUGAUCAGUCUGGUGGUGAGUCCAAGCCUAGAUUUGAGAAUCAGGCCAGUGAAGAAGGAUCUUGGGUUGGGGCCAGUGGCCAGGCUGGUGGAGGGUCCAAGUUGGGGCCUGAGAAUCAGUCCAGUGGAAGGUCCUGGCCUAAUGAUGGGGACCAAAUCAGUGGAGGGUUCUUGGUUGCGGCUGUGGACCAGGCCAAUGGAGGCUCCUGGGCUGGAGCUGGGGAUCCACCUAGUGGUGGAUCAAAGACUAUAUUUGAGGAUCAAGCCAGUGGUGGAGGGUCCUGGGCUGAUGCUGGGGACCAGACUGGUGGAGGAUCCAGGCUAGGGCCCAGGGAGCAGUCUAGUGGUGAUUCCUGGGCUAGCACUGCUGACCAUGCCGGUGGAUGGUUCUGUGUUUACACUGGGAAUCAGACCAAUGGAGGAGGCUCUUGGGGUGUUGCUGGCGGCCAGGAUGUUGAAGGGUCUAAGCCAGGGUCCACAGACCAGUCCGGUGGUGGGUCUUGGGCUGGUACUGGGAAUCAUGUUAGAGGAGGGUCCUGGACUGGAGCUGGAGCUGUGGAUCAGGCUGGUGGCUGUUCUAAACCUGGAUUUGAGGAUCAGACCAUUGGAGGAGGAUUCUGGGUUAGUGCUGGAGGCCAAACUGCUGGGGGGUCCAGGCCAGGACCUGAGGAUCAGUCUAGUGGAGGAUGUUCCUGGGGUGUGGCUGGUGGCCAGGUUGUUGGAGGUUCUAGGCCAGGGCCGACGGACCAGUCCAUUGGUGGGUCCUGGGCUGGCACUGGGAAUCAGGCCAGUGGAAGGUCAUGGGUUGGGUCUGGGGAUCAGGCUGGUGGCUGUUCUAAACCUGAAUUUGAAGAUCAGGCUUGUGGAGGAGGCUCCUGGGAUGGUUCUGGGAACCAGGCCAGUGGAGAAUCCUGGGCUGUGUCUAGGCCUGGGAAUGAGGCCAGUGGAGGAUCUAGGCUGGAGCCUGAGGACCAGGCCAGUGGAAGGUUCCAGGUCAGUUUUGAGGUAGAGGCCAAUGAAGGAUUUUGGUUUGGCCCUGGGGCUGAGGCCUGUAUAGGGACUUGGUGUUGGACAGGGGAAGAAACUAUUAUUGUGUCUAGGUCUGAUGACAAGGAAGAGGCCAGUACUGAAUCCAAAUCAGGGCCUGGGGAAGAGGCUGUCAUUAGUUCUAAGUCUGAAGCUGUUAUUAGUUCUAAUUCUGAGGCUGGGAACAAGGCCAAUAUCAGCUCCUGGAUCAGUCCUGAAGAGGCAGGCUCCUCUGUAGGGGCUGAGGCUAGGGCUGAGGCUGGACCUGGGGCUGAAGCUAGGGAUGAGGCUGAGGCUGAGGCUGAGUCUGGGGCUGAGGCUAGGCCUGGGGCUGAGGCUGGGGCUGAGGCUGAGGCUGAGGCUGGGACUGAGGCUGGGGCUGAGGCUGAGGCUGAGGCUGAGGCUGGAGCAGGGGCUGAGGCUGGGACUGGGGUUGGGGCUGAAGCUGGGGUUGGGGCUGAGGCUGGGGCUGUGGCUGAAGCUGAGGCUGAGGAUGGGGCUGGGGCUGGAGUUGGGGCUGGGGCUAUGGCAGGGUCUCAGGCUGAGGCUGGGGCUAGGGUAGGGUCUGCGGUAGGGGCUGAGGCCAGUAUGGGCACUUGGUCUUGGGAUGGAGAUGCAACCAUUAUAGGGUUUAGGCUUGCGGCUGAGGAAGAGGCUGGAGCAGCAUUCUGGACUUUAACUGAAGAUGUAGAUGAGGAUGAGCUAAGUAGAGAGUCCAGCCCUGAUAUUGAGGAGAUCAGUUUAAGGUCUUUGUUUUGGGCUGAGAGUGAGAACAGUAAUGAGUUCAGAUCCAAGAGUGAGAGAGAUGUCAAUGUUGAGUCUGGGCCUGGGGAUAAGGCCAGUAUCAAGGAUAAGUUUGAAGCUGCUGGUGGAGUUGAUAUAGAGUCUUGGUUCUGUGCUGAUAAUGAAAACAGAAGUGAUGACAAUUCUGCACCUAUGGCUAACGCCAAAAAGUCAACUGAGCCAAGAGGUUUAUAUCCAUCCAUGGUCCCUGGCGCAGGAAUGGGGUCAUGGGAUGGAGCCAUGAUCUGGUCGGAAACGAAGUUUCCACACCACAUUGUGGCCCAGUUCCCAUCUGAGCAAGGUUUCUCCCAAGCUGAGGAGAAAUUUCGAGCCUGGUCCUGCAACUGUAAAAAAGAAGGUGAUAUGGAUCCACAAGAUUUUGAGAAACUGAUUUGCAUGAUUGAGAUGACCGAAGAUCCUUCUGUUCAUGAAAUAGCCACUAAUGCUCUGUAUAACAGUGCUGACUAUCCUUAUUCCCAUGAAGUUGUUCGUAAUGUAGGUGGAAUCUCAGUUAUUGAAAGCUUGCUCAAUAAUCCCUACCCCAGUGUUAGGCAGAAGGCCUUAAAUGCACUGAAUAACAUCUCAGUGGCUGCUGAAAACCAUAGGAAGGUUAAAACAUACUUAAACCAAGUAUGUGAAGACACUGUCACCUAUCCCUUAAAUUCAAAUGUGCAGCUGGCUGGACUAAGACUGAUAAGGCACCUGACUAUUACCAGUGAAUAUCAGCAUAUGGUUACAAAUUAUAUUUCAGAAUUUCUUCGUUUGUUAACUGUGGGAAGUGGAGAAACUAAAGACCAUGUUUUGGGAAUGCUUUUGAAUUUCUCUAAGAAUCCAUCUAUGACAAAAGACUUGCUCAUUGCCAAUGCACCAACAUCACUGAUUAACAUUUUUAGCAAGAAAGAGACAAAAGAGAAUAUUCUUAAUGCUCUUUCACUAUUUGAAAAUAUAAAUUACCAUUUUAAAAGAAGAGCAAGAGCAUUUACCCAGGACAAGUUCAGUAAAAAUUCCCUUUAUUUCCUAUUCCAACGACCUAAAGCAUGUGCCAAGAAACUUCGAGCCUUAGCGGCAGAAUGCAAUGACCCCGAGGUGAAGGAGAAAGUUGAGCUAUUAAUAAGUAAACUCUGAUUGGCUGUAUGUUAUCAAACAAAUUUGAGUAAUAUUUUGGUUUUGCACCCUGGAAAUAAUGCACAUUGUAAAUUGCAUUAUAACUUCAAGACUGAUGUUACCUAUGAUGGUCUAUAGCUGGACCAUUUUACAACACUAAAUGAAUUCAAACUUGUACUGAAAAUACAUGUGUUGAUUUUUAUCUUGUCUGGAUUGAGAUAUUUUUAGUAUGCUUCAUGAGCAGAAACUGAACUGAUUCUUCAUAAGUAAGGUAAUCUUUGGUCCUUUGUGUGGACUUAUGUUUAUACAUUUAAGACUUUAUUUUUAUGUCAUCAAUAAAGUUGUGUGUUUUAAGCAGCAGAAAAAAA